AUGGGUAGCUGUUUAAGCUGUCCAGAGAAAGAGUCAAUCCCAGAUAAUCAUCAGAGUAAAUUUAAGGUCAGCUGUUCUGAUCCAAACCUCGCCGGUUCUGAAAUAAACUCGGCAGGUGAACGGACUGACCGACUCUUCUUACCUGUCCAGGUGAUCAAUGUGGACGACGAUGGGAACGAGUUGGGUUCAGGUGUGAUGGAGCUGACUGACGCCGAGCUCGUCCUCCACACACACCGCCGGGAUGAUGUCAGGUGGCCUUACCUGUGCCUGCGUCGCUAUGGCUACGACUCCAACCUCUUCUCGUUUGAGAGCGGCCGGCGCUGCCAGACGGGACAGGGUACGCCCACACACACACACACACACACACACACACACACACAGCGGUGAAGCUCAGGUGUUAGUAAAGUGCUGAGUCACUGCUCUCUCUCUCUCCAUGACUCAGCUGGUCUGUUGACACGAGUCAUGUGACUGAAGGAUAAGAAGCAGAUUAGAUUAGUAAUCAGAUUAUUAUAGAUGUAGAUGAGUUAGAGUGGACUCACAAAACCAGCUGUUUGACCCUGAAUGUGGGGGACUGAACCAGAACCAGUACCAGGAACAGUACCAGGGGCAGAACCAGGGACAGAACCAGGUCCAGUUGUCAGGGUGACAGGUCUUUAGGCCCGUGAUUGGCAGUUUCUCAGGGACCAUGAUGGAGGGUUUGGAUCAGAAGAGACCUUCACAGCUCCAGAGAUCAGGUCUCAGAGUCAUCCUGGUCUUCUGGGACAAAGGGAUCAGCAUCUUUACUGAACAAGACCAGGUGUACAGGCUGUAGACCAGGUGGAUUAAAGGUGGACCUGUGUGUGUGUGUGUGUGUGUGUGUGUGUGUGUGUGUGUGUGUGUGUGUGUGUGUGUGUGUGUGUUGCAGGUAUCUUUGCCUUCAAGUGUCCCCGUGCUGAGGAGAUCUUUAACAUGCUGCAGGAGGUGAUGCACAGUCACAGCAUCAGUGUGGUGGAGGAGGCUGUGAUGGAGCCCAGCACACAGCAGCAACACACACCUGCAGGUAACUACACACACACACACACACACACACAUUAAGGAUAAUCGUCCGUAUUUUCAGACGCGCUCCUUCGGCUCUCUGCUCCUGAAGUCUCCGCUCUUCACUGUGUAACAAAGUCCCGCCUACAGGCCCCACUGAUUGGCUACACAGACAGCCAAUCAACACUCAAGCUGUAGGUGCAGCUCUACAGUGAAAGAGAGAGAGAGAGAGUGUUAUCAUACAGCAGUUUAAGGUCUCUUUAUCACAGUGGAAGUGAAUCACAGUUCUAAAUAUCGUUGAUCGGUUUCCUUGAUCACCAAUAAUCGCCGUGGCGUCCCCGGGGUUGAUUUCUGCUCACUGACUCUGAUGUUUUUAUUUUAAGACGGUUCCUUUAAACUUCAGUCUGAACACAAGAGGAAACAAGAAGAACUAUAUUAAAACACUUUCUGUUACAGAAUAGUUUUACCCUUUUAAAUGAUAAUAUUUAUAAAAACUUUACACUUUCUUGUUUUUAUCAAGAUGAAAAUCUGAGCUCAGAGUUCUUUAACUAGUUCGGAUCAGUUUAAAUGAACACAUGAAUUCACCUGUUUAUUAACCAAAUAUCAUCAAUACACUAUCAGGCAUCAUUUUAAUGCAGUAAUAGAGUUUAAUAAUGAAUAAAUAAAUACGUGUGGAUUAAAAAUAUACAUGAGGUGACAUGCUGUGAACUAAAUACCGUCUGUGUGUACCUUCAUCGUAACUGCAGCUAAUCUUUGCUAAAACUCAGCAACAGGAAACUCGACCAAACUUUAUAAAAACGUUAAAAAGGAACUUCGUGUGAUUCAUAUUCAUUCAUCUGAAUUUAUGUGAGAAAAGAAGAAGAAACCAGGGAGGGCCGAGACUUUUCAGGACCGACGCCAAGACCGAUUAUUAGAGAGAAAAAAUCCUGUUAGCCAAAAAAUCCUGUUAGCCAAAAAAUCCAGUUAGCCAAAAAAUCCUGUUAGCCCAAAAAAUCCUGUUAGCCAAAAAAAUCCUGUUACCCAAAAAAUCCUGUUACCAAAAAAAAUCCUAUUAGCCAAAAAAUCCUGUUACUCAAAAAAUCCUGUUAGCCAAAAAUCCUGUUAGCCAAGAAAUCCUGUUACCCAAGAAAUCCUGUUAGCCAAAAAAUCCUGUUAGCCAAAAAAUCCUGUUAGCCAAAAAAUCCUGUUAGCCAAAAAAAUCCUGUUAGCCAAAAAAAUCCUGUUACCCAAAAAAUCCUGUUAGCCAAAAAAAUCCUGUUAGCCAAAAAAAUCCUGUUAGCCAAAAAAAUCCUGUUACCCAAAAAAUCCUGUUACCAAAAAAUCCUAUUAGACCAAAAAAUCCUGUUACUCAAAAAAUCCUGUUAGCCAAAAAUCCUGUUAGCCAAGAAAUCCUGUUACCUAAGAAAUCCUGUUAGCCAAAAAAUCCUGUUAGCCAAAAAAUCCUGUUAGCCAAAAAAUCCUGUUAGCCAAAAAAAUCCUGUUAGCCAAAAAAAUCCUGUUAGCCAAAAAAAUCCUGUUACCCAAAAAAUCCUGUUAGCCAAAAAAUCCUGUUAGCCAAAAAAAUCCUGUUACCAAAAAAAAUCCUGUUAGCCAAAAAAAUCCUGUUACCCAAAAAAAUCCUGUUAGCCAUCAUUCGACGAUUUUUAAACUUUUUAAUGAAAAUAUAAAAAAUAUAUAAACUGUAGAUAUCUGCAGAUUACUAUAUACUGUAGAUCUACUGUAGGAUACUGCUCUUCACGCCGACAUGAAGACCGACUGAUCAGACUAGGACCAGAAAAACGUUUUUAACUCCCACACACACACACACACACACACACACACACACAUGUGUUGUUGUUGUUGUUGUUGUUGUUGUUGUUGUGUAUUUCUAUGAAAACCACGUGUGUAGAUCUUUAAACCUUCAGCUGAUCAACAACAAACACACCUGGAAUAACACACACUAACACACACAGAGACACACUAACACACACUAACACACACUGAUACACACUAACACACACUAACAUACACUAACACACACAGAGACACACUAACACACACUAACACACACUAACACACACUAACACACACUGAGACACACUAACAUACACUAACACACACAGAGACACACUAACACACACUAACACACACAGAGACACACUAACACACACAGAGACACACUAACACACACAGAGACACACUAACACACACUAACACACACACACACUAACACACCUACAGUUAUCCACACACUGCUCACUUGUGUACCUGUGUGCCUGUGUGUGUGUGUGUGUGUGUGUGUGUGUGUAGCUCUGGGGUACUCGGUGCCGUCGGUCCCUAACGGCGUGAGCAGGAUCCCGUCUGUGGGGGAGGCGCCGUCUCACCCCUCCACCCGUCACCCAUCGGUGGCGUCCACCCGCCUCCCGUCUGUGGGGGAGGAGUCUACUCACCCUCUGCUGGUGGCUGACGAGGCGGUGAGUGUUCCACUUCCUGUUUGAUUCAUGUUCCCACCAGGUGAUGUUUGAUGAUGUCAUGAUGAUGUCAUCCCUCGCCCCCGCAGGUGCACACCUACGUGAACACGUCGGGACUCCUGGAGGAGCAGCCCAGCCCCCUGACCGUCACCACCCCCUUGGAGAGCCCCACCUCCCCCCACUCUCAGUGCCCCCCCACUCCCCCUCCUCCCCCGAGGGUCCGCCCUGAGCUGCCGGCCCCGCCCCCUCAGCCGGAGCCGCAGGUGCUGCUGGAGCCGCAGGGCGUGCGCUUCGUGUUAGGCCCCACCCCCGUUCAGAAGCAGCUGAUGGAGAAGAGGAAGCAGGAAGCAAAAGGGGAGGAGCCAAAAGAGACUGACAGCUCCUCUGAGACCCCCGCUGAGCCGGAGCCCGCGCCACCGCUCUCAAACGGCUCCUCCUCCAAUCCAUCCACGGCUCCUCGCCGCCACCGCCCGCCCCCCCUCACCCCUGACCUGCAGAAUGUCAACAACUCUGCGCAGCGCCGCACCGCCCUGCUGGACUACGAGAACCUGCCGGCGCUGCCGCCCGUGUGGGAGGCCAGGAAGCCCAGCAGCGAGGAGGAGGAGCCUGUAUGUGGCAGUCUAAGGACGCCGUCACUCAACGGCUACAACCACCACGGGGCGCUGCACCACUCCUACUCCCACCCCCUGUCAGCCACACUCGAGUCCUCGCACAACUACGUCAACACAGAGAAUGUGACGGCGCCGCUCAGCGCCCACAGGCCGGACACUGCCCGCCGCCGUGCGGACGGCCCCACCAUCUUUAACUUUGACUUCAGACGGCCGCCGCUGGCCGGGUACACGGAGCCGCCGAAAACCCUGAACUACAUCGAGGUGGAGAUGGAUCAGGGCGGCGGGAACAAAGGCGCCUCGGACGGCAGUAACCCUCACACGCCACGCACCCCCACCUCACCCCUCCCCCCGACCACGCCCACCCGCCGCACCGAGCUGUACGCCCUCAUUGACAUCGAACGCACCGCUGCCAUGUCCAACCUGCAGCGAGCGCGGCCGCGGGACGACGGCACGUCACGCAAAACUCGACACAACAGCACAGAGCUGCCCACCAAGAGCACUGUGUGA